GCAUGUCGGCUGCUGUGACAACGCUCAGCGCUUGUUGAGAGCAGAUUCCAUGCCACUUUUCCUGCGGCGCGGGGCACUAUGGAGCCUGCAGUGGCGACAGCACCUGAAGAAGAUGUAUUAAGGAGGCACCUGCGGGACUUGAAGAAGUGUGGAAACACGUGGACCGGCUAUGCUGACUGCAGAGAGGCAUACGAAGAGCUUUUAAGGGACCUCGCCGCUGUCAAUGUGUGCUUCCAGACUGAGCACUCCGGGAAGCCAAAAGGAGAAGCAUGCCGACUGGUCAGCAGCUACCUUCCAGCGAAAAAAGGUGAAGCUACAAGGGACAAAGAAGAAGGGGUGUACUGCAGCGAUGCAUGUGAAACAAGUGGACUUGUAUCCGGAAUUCAGGAUCAACAUCCCACAACCAUGUACCAAAUGGCAGCAUGAAGCAGCUUCAAAGGAAACAAUCUCUCGACUGAGGUUGGCAUUGCAAGAAGCAGCUAGUGGUAAACCUGUUCUGCACCAGCAUCGCUUCUAUGUCUGUAUGUCCGACAGGGAAAGCCACUCUAAUCAUGACAUUGAUUCUCGCUUUGCAGGCUACGCACAGCCGAUAAAUUCAGAAGUGUCCAAAAAAAUUUGUGAGCUGGUACAACAAGGUGUGACAUCUGUAAAAACUGUUGAGAGCUGCCUAAGGUUUUUUGUCCGAGAUGUACUGUUCUCAAACAAGCAGUGCCCCCCGUCUACUUGCAGAGAUUUUUACCCUACAAAGACAGACAUAAAAAAUCAUAUCCAGAAGGCACUUCGUAAGAACAGAUUUAGUUCACUUGAUCAAGAGAAUGUGGCAGUGUAUGUAGAACAAAUGAAAGAGAAAGCACCUGGAACAAGA